AUGACGCCCGGUCCGUCGUCGAUGCCCCAGCUGAGCCCGCAGGCCACUCACGAGGGGGGCGAUCCCCUGUCGGCCAGUGUUGCCUCAUCCUCCGCCGCCGACUCUUCGCCCUCCCAGCCACGACCAUCCGAAGGCGGAAGCGGGCAGCCAAAGACGUGCGUGCACUGCGGCCAGCAGCUCGACAACUUCGGCGCAGUCGCGUCUGCCUCGGACCCAGCACCCUCGAUGCCGGCACCCAGUCCGUCUUCGAUUGCUUUUGCACCCGAUGGCCUGCUCCACCAGAAUGGCGACAACCAGCCGCAAUCAUCGCUCACCUCCGCCAUCAAUGCUGCAGCUGCGGCUGCUCUGUCUCGGCACCUGGCCGCAUCGUCGGCAGGGCCGUCGGUGUCGGGCAGCGCCGAUGGCGAGGCCCACGCCAUCUGCUCCCGCUGUUCGGCUGCUUCCGAAGCACCAGCGCCGGACGAGUUCCGGGCUCGGCUGGGCCCGCGGAGCCCAAUCAGCGCAUCUCAGGGCGAUCAGAGCGACCUUGAGAUGCCCUCGAGCGCCCACAGCACACACACACCUCUUAACCCCCAAGAGCCCGGCCCCGACCUCGCGGCCGUAGCCACACGCCAAGAGGCACGCCAGCACACCCGCAGGCCCGACCACCUUCAGCGGCCUCCCUCACACUCGGAUCUGCUCGCUGGCGACCAUACCACAUCAAUCUCUCCUGCUACUAGAGCUGCCGCCGCAUCCGCCUCGCCUGCCGCCCCCGCCACUACAUCGCGACCCCCUACUGGAGCCGCCUCUACCGACCCAUUGCACAUUCCCGGCUCCAGCACAGCAUCGGCAGCUGCAGCCGCCCUGCCGGCGUCUCCGCCACGCCGCCAAGCUCCCUGGGCGACGGGGCCCCGAUCACCGACUUCGGCCGCGCCGCUCUCGAUCAAUGUCGGCAACAUGGGCGCGGGCGGGGAUGCCGUCGGGCCCUAUCCUCCUUCGACCGACGAUCCCGACUUUCCUCCGCUGAGCCGUGCCGCAACUUCGCCCACGCUUCGGUCCCCGACCUCGCCAGGUCGUUCGCCCACGCGUGAGAGGGGAAGGCUACGUUUCGUGCCAGGGUCCCCACCCAACUCAUCCUCGCGCAUCCCCACGUUGGAUGAGCACGCCACAGCCGCGCCGUCAAGCUCACCCUUCCUGGCAAGGUCUGGAAGCUUUUCGAGGAGCCUGAGCUACAAUGUCGCGAGCGGCCACGACGCUUCCACAGCCAGUCCCAGCGGCGCCGCCCCGAUCGUCAGCUUCCCUCCGGCCGCCGGCUACCAACCCGCCCUCGGUACUUCCCCACCGGCUGGAAGGCUUCGACGCAGCAGCAGCUCGAGCAGCGGCAUCAAUGUACCGGCACCAGCAGGCGCAAUACCCGGCGCGGCGAGGGUGCGACGACCCUCAGUCACUCGUCGCCUCAGCCGAUCUAGCUCCUCGACUGGCCCCACCUCGAUCCCCUUUGCCGCGGUGGGCAUGGGUGCAUCGGCUACCGACUUUGCAGGGCGGUACGCCAUCGAGGAGGAUCCCUUCGGCCCCUCCUCGAUGACUCGACCCAGGCUCAGCACGAUACCCACCCACGCCAUCUCUGACUCUCUGGCCGCCUCCGGGCCAUCUCGCGGCUACGUCCUCACUGCGCCCAUGGCCCGCUCGACUUCGGGCAGGGACGACAGCUCGGCUGGCAGGACGCUGCCCAACCCCCUCCGCUUCCCCUACUCCAGGUCUUGCGAAGGCCAAGGCAGCGGGAGCGAUGCGGCGGCUAUGGAAGUCGACCCUGUUCCGGCAGCGCGUCAAGACGCCACCCUCGCCUCCAAGAUCCGCGUCGACCAGUGUCGGUGGUACGAUCCGCUGCGGCCUGACCCUCUGAUGGAACUGUCACGCCUGCGAUCGCCUCCCAAGGGCCGAGGGUGCCUCUUCCCUGGCGCCGUCUUCAACGGAACGCAGAAGAGCGGACGAAAUAGCUACGAUGUGACGGUGCGGAUUGUGAAUGUCGACAUGGAAAACUCGCACCUCUGCGGCUACCUGAACAUCCGCGGUCUGACCGAGGACUGGCCGGAGCUGACAACUUACUUCGACGCCGAGAUCAUUGGCGAUCGGCAUGGCUUUGUCACGGGCAAGUGGGGAGCGACCGAGGCCGACGAUCUCAAGCACUGGGCUCGCUUCCCGCCGUUCCGCCCGCUCCGCAGCGGCCUGACCAAGCCCGGGCUCAAGUUCAGCCACCACAACAAGCCGUACGUCUUUAUGCGAUGGAAGGAGCGCUUCCUCGUCCCCGAUCACCGCGUGCGAGACAUCAACGGCGCCUCGUUUGCCGGCUUCUACUAUGUCUGCGUCGAGCUCGGAGGCGACACGGCGAGGAGGCCGACCCACACGCCUGUCGGAGGCUUCGGGGCCACGUCGCCGUCGUCGGAGUAUCCCUUCUCCCACGAUGGCGCCACUGCCGGCGGGGGAGGGUGGUACGCGGCGACGACACGAUCCACCGCCAACCGGCGCCGGGAACUCUCUGUCGGCAACGCUGCGGCGAGCAGCAGCAUCUGGCCAUCGUCUCCAUCCUCGCCGCCGCCGGCUUCCUCGAGCAGCCCCGUGCACCCGUCCGGAGCGGGAUCGGCGAACAAGGACCGCAACGACGACGACAUGCGGGACGAGAGGAUGUCGCCCCACCACCACCAGCAGUACCGCGACGACAUCGAGGAGGGUAUCUCUGCCGGAAAGAUGCUGGGCUUCUACUUCCACGAAAACUCGGAACCGUACCAGCAACUGUCCCUGCACCACGUGCACGAACGCUCUACAUCAGGCUUCGAGAUGCGCUAG